UAAAAAUCACCAUUUUGCUGCUGCCAGCACAAUGAUGGUGUCAGGCAAGGAUCAUUAAUGGAUGCUAAAACCUUUGGGUGAGAAGAUGUUGCGAGACAAUAUAUUCACGUGGUUUUGUAGUGUCACCCCACAGAUUACUUCUUAAUUACAAAAUGGAAAAGAUACCUUUACAUUGAAGAGAUUUGGAGAAUAUCACCUUAACCAAGUGAUCGAGCUUAGUAUCACCAGUGACGAUUCCAGAAGAUCUUAUGUGCCUCCUUAUGUGAUGCUAUGGGAAUAUACCACAGCACCUGCACAGUAUCCUUACCAAAAUAUUUAAUCGGACUUGGAAUAGAGGAAACAAUCAGUCCUGAUCUGGGAACAUUAUACAAGAAAACUGCCCUUGGUUAUUUUUGUCAUGAAAGAUAUUUAAAAGGCAGACAGGGUGGCUGGGUACUGUUCUAAAUUAAAGCAGGAUUUGAAAUUUGGCAGCCAAAUGUAAUCCAUGAUCCUUAAUGCAUUACAGAUUUACGGGUUGAGGAGGUGGUUCAUUAAAGACACUUUAGAUAUGAUUGGGGAACUUCUUAGAUGGAUUACGAAUUAGAUGAUAUUUCUGUAUCAAUGUUGAAUUUCUUGGGUGUGAUAAUGGUAGUGUGGUUAUAAAGGAAAACGUCCUUGUUUUUAGGAUACUCUACCCAAUAAAUAUUUCAGGAUGUUUCACCAUGUCUUACUUUCAAAGAGUUCAACAAAAAACAGAGGAAAACAAGCCACCCGCCUGGGGCCAGGGGUUGGUUCCGUAGUGGAAAGGAAGAAAGGGAAAUGGAUGGAAGCAGAGGUAUUUGGUGAAUAAGGUACAUGUCAAGGAGUGCUCGUCGUCUUAUUCUAGUUUCUCUGCGAGAUUAACAUUUUUCCAAGUGAAAAGUAGGGGCGAGCAAAAGAAAUAAAAAAGACAUCUUUACUCAGGUGAAGGGGGUCAAAAGUUACAGACUUCCAGUUAGAAAAAAGUAAGUAAGGGAAAUGUAACGUUCAGCAUGGUGACUCUAGUUCAGAGUAUCGUAUUAUAUAUUUGAAGGUUGGUAAGAGAGUGGAUCUUGAAAGUUCUCACCCAGCCUAAGGCAUUCCUAAACCUUAUCUCUUUGCCUUUUUUCUCUAAAUUUUACAUUUCAUUUUCUGGUCUCUUGGAAUUGGGCUAAUGUGUAGCAAUUCACUUGUUCUUGAUGCCUUUUAUGAUUUGGCAAUUAGAAAACUUCAGACAAAGAUGAAGGGUUUCAGCUUGGUUUAUUAUUUUUGUCCAUUCCCUUCCUGUCCCCCACAGUUGAUGUCUGCCUUCAAAAAUUUUGAUGAGACAAAAAUUAUGUAAGACAGUCUCGGUACUGGGAAAAGCUGAAGGUCUGUCUGGAGAGACAGGCCGUGAACAUCAAAAGUCAGACUCUAUUCAUACGGCCCUCAACUCCUACAAGUCCCGUACUCCUGAACUUUUCAAAAUACUACAUUUCUGACCUGAUCAUAGGUGAAAAUGGCGAUCCCAAAGCCUUCUUAAUAGAGAUUUCCUGGACAGAAACAUAUCCCCAAACACCUCCAAUUAUAUCUAUGAACGCUUUUUUUAACAACACCAUUGUAUUUCUUGUGCAUUGUAGAUCAUCAGCUGUAAAGCAGAGCAUAUUAGCCAAGUUACAGGAAGCAGUGGAAAUUCAUCUCGGGACCGCCAUGACCUACACAUUGUUUGAAUAUGCCAAGGACAAUAAAGAGCAGUUCAUGGAGAAUCACCACCCCAUUAAUUCUACGAUACCCAUAAGCAGUAUCAUCUCCGUUGAAACUCCUAAUACAGCCCCAUCAAGUAAGAAAAAAGACAAAAAAGAACAACUUUCAAAAGCUCAGAAACGUAAGCUGGCAGAUAAAACAGAUCACAAAGGACAGCUUCCCCGAGGAUGGAACUGGGUUGACGUGGUGAAGAAACUGAAACAGCUAUAUCCGCCAGUGGGACGAACUGUGUUUUGCUCUGAAGACCGUGACAUCGUUCAGGCUCACAUUGUGGCUCCUAGAUGACAAAGAAUAAUGCUAGUUAAAUGCCAAUGAACUAUUUUUACUCUUUUUAUAUGAACUGUACAAAUUUGGGGGGUGAUGGUGGCAGUGGUGCCUCUAACUACCUUCUGUGAAACACUUGAACUUUCUCAUCUGUAUUGCCAUCAUCUGUUUGACACCCCAGUAUAUUUUCUCAAAGUCUGUUCACCUGAAACUGUAUGGAAUGACAUAAUUGAUAAGCAAUAAAACCUGAACUACACGCUCA